UUUAAUGUGCAUCAUCUUUUACGUCACAUGAUAAAGCCUUCCUCUCUCCCCCUUCAAAAUAAAACCUCUCUCUUCCCAAGAAUGAUUUCUUCAAUUUCUAUAUAAUCUUUUCUGUUGCAAAGCAUGCAUAAGUGAGCUAGCACUUCUACUCUCUCACCUACUCUUUAAUCAAAUUAUAUAUAUAUAUAUAUAUAUGCCAUUUCUAUAUGACAUGUGGCCUACAUUAGUGGCUAAUAAGAUACUCAAGAAGAGACUUGGAAGCACCAACUUUAUAGCAGAUUAUCCUAGUAGUUAUGAACAACCCUUGUUGGAUUGUGCAGACAUUGAUCAUCAUAGUCAUGAAACAAUUCCUAAUCAUCUCAAGGAAAAACACAAAUACAAGGUUUUUGUUAGUACAUGGAACGUUGGUGGGAUUGCACCAGAAGAAGAUUUAAAUAUAGAUGAUUUGUUGGAGACAAACAACAACAACUCCUGUGACAUCUAUGUACUUGGGUUUCAAGAAAUAGUGCCUCUAAAAGCUUCAAAUGUAUUGGGAUCAGAAAACAAUGAGAUUUCGAAGAAAUGGAAUUCCAUAAUCAGAAAAUCUUUGAAUAAAGAUCAAAGAGACAAAGUUCAUUGUAAAUCUUCACAUGAUGAUUUUCAAUGUAUCAUUAGCAAGCAAAUGGUUGGAAUAUUCAUAUCUGUGUGGACAAGGAGAAAUAUUUGUCCAUUUAUUCAACAUACAAGUGUGUCAUGCAUAGGGUGUGGCAUAAUGGGAUGUUUAGGAAACAAGGGUUCUGUGACAGUGAGAUUUCAAUUGCAUGAAGCAAGCUUCUGCUUUGUGUGCAGCCAUCUAGCUUCAGGGGGCAGAGAAGGGGAUGAGAAAUGUAGAAACUCUAAUGUUGCUGAAAUAUUUUCUAGGACUAGCUUUCCUAAAGGUCCUUUACUUGAUUUGCCAAGAACUAUUCUAGACCAUGAUCAUGUAAUAUUGCUUGGAGAUUUAAAUUAUAGGAUUUCUCUUCCAGAAGAAACGACACGCUUACUUGUUGAGAAAAGAGACUGGGAUUCUUUAUUAGAAAAUGACCAGCUAAUUAUGGAGCUAAUGAACGGCAACAUUUUAAGAGGAUGGCAUGAAGGACCAAUCAAUUUUGCUCCUACCUACAAAUAUUGUCCUAACUCAGACAUAUACUAUGGAUGUUGUUGUCAUGGAAAUAAGACACAAAAGAAACGAGCACCGGCAUGGUGUGAUCGAAUAGUAUGGUAUGGAAAAGGUUUGAAGCAACAUGAGUACAAUAGGAGUGAAUCAAGAUUAUCAGAUCAUAGGCCUGUUAAAGCAAUGUUUACUGCAAUAGUAAAGGUUUUAUCAGAGUUCAAAAGCUUAGAGAACAUGUCUCUAUCAGAAAGAUUUGAACAAAUUAAUACUCCUUUUGAGGUUUCUGCCACUGAUGAAAUUGUAUGUAGAAAACAAUCAAGCUUCAGGUUGUGAACCGUGAGUGUAAUUAUGUACAUAAACUUAUGUUAAAUUUUAAAUUUGAAAAUCCAAGAAAAGAAAAUAGAAUUUCAGAGGAAGCAGAGUGUGAAACAUGACAUAAAGUUUUUGUUGCUGAUUAGUAUACAGUAAAGUUGGUUGUUGUUGAAUUAUUUAGUAAUAUUCAUGCUAUAAUGUGAAAGAUGAUGCAACUUGAAACACUACAAUUUCCAAAUAA